AUGUCCAAAAGUACAUUAAUGUCGCAGUUCGAAAUUUGUGUUACACGAACAAUCCUUUUUUGCAGACUAUUGUUGAAUAAAAGUUUGUUAGAUAUGGCAGCGAAAACGGCAAAACGACGAUUUCGAAAAUCAAGGAGAAAUGUGCCUAUUAUUGAUACUAGUCAGGCUCGAUCGAACCUUGAGGUGCUACGAAUGUGCCUCGAUGAUCUUGGUUGGAAGGAGUGUAUUUCUGGUCAUUCGGCUAAUCCGAAUAUUUGUUGGAAUGCCGCUGGAUUUCACGAUGGUAGUCGAAACUAUGCAUCGUUAUCAGCAAGAGUGAAUAAAUUUCCUGGCAUGAGUGAUGUGUUGUGUAAAAGCAAUUUGACACGUUCGUUGAAUGCGAUGCGUAGGUUAUUUCCCGAUGAAUAUAAGUUCUAUCCACGUACGUGGUUCUUGCCCGAACAACGCGAACAAUUUCAAAAGGAUGCGAAUGAAAUACAUAAACGAGAUCGAAAACGACAACGACCACUGACAACUUUUAUUGUCAAACCAUCAGAUGGUUCGGAAGGUGCUGGUAUUUACUUAGUUCAGGAUCCUACGCGCUGCAGUGCUAUGAAUCGCGAACAUAUUGUUCAAGAGUACAUUGAUCGACCAUUAUUGAUCAAUGGACUUAAGUUUGAUGUGCGAAUCUAUGUUUUAAUUCGUCAAUUAGAUCCAUUAGAGAUCUUACUCUACGACGAAGGUUUAGCACGCUUUGCCACUGUUGAAUAUCAAGCACCAUCGAUUAAAAAUCUUCAUGAAGCAUUCAUGCAUUUGACGAAUUAUUCGCUGAACAAACGUAGUGCUACAUAUAAACAUGCUGUCGAUGUGAGCCAAGCUGAUGCUAGUAAACGAAAGUUUAGUCUUGUUUGGCUACAGCUUGCUCAAUCGUAUAAUCCAGAGGAAGUUGAACGAGCCAAAAGAUUAAUCAAAGAAAUGAUCAAUAAGACAGUGAUAGCCAUUUUACCUGAACUUCGUGUUCAGUAUGCUCUGGCGAUGCCAGCAGCUACAAAACAGAAUCAAUGCUUCCAAAUCAUUGGAUUUGAUAUUCUGCUUACUGAUCGAUUGAAACCAAUUCUACUUGAAGUAAACUCGAACCCUUCAUUGCGAAUCGAUUAUGAUCAUAUGAACGAAGUUGGUAAACUUGUUCACGAACCAAGUUUGAUUGACGAAGAGAUCAAACGACCACUCGUUAGAGAAACGUUGCAGCUCGCUCUGGAUGAACGACCAAGUCAAAGAAUUAAAAACAGUACUAAUCAUCCGAUAAAACCAUGUAGUACACAUGAUUCGACAAGAAUACGGUCCGAUUCAGAAUCAAGUCUUUCCAAUUCGUCUGUAUCGGAUUCUGACCUGUCUAAUGAUACAUUACAGGAGAACGUUUCCGAAUCACUGGAAGUUAUUUACCCAUCGACAUCUGAAAUUGAUUAUGAACAUAUGUUUCUUCUUGAAAAAGUCGCUUUUAUCUAUAUCGAAUUAGUCCUCAAGCGCGGAUACAAAGCAUUGACAAAUCGACCGUUUCGUCAACUGGCCAGUAUUUGUGGUAUAAUCGAUCAAGGAACGCCAAUGUCUGUCAUUGACAUACUCUAUGUUCAAAUCUUUUCCAAAUGUAAACAAUACGCCUCCCAAUCUCCUGCAACGGGUCUGGAUUUUUCAGUCUUUAUCGAGGCUUUCUUUCUGUUAUCUCGGCGCAAGUAUCCAAAUUCAUCACUUCUUGGGAGUGUAACAGAACUGAUCGAUUCUUGUAUCCACCAUUUGAAUCUGAAAAGUGAACUGUAA